CACUUAUUCACUGAUACUUCGCUAGAGCCUAGAAGUAAUAGUGUUCUGUGCUGACUGAUGACAAUAUUUUGCCGUGAUAACUCAUAACUGAUUGCAUAUAACCUUUAAUUUGAAAUAACCUUCAAAGUAAUAACAAUUUAAGUUUUGUAGAAAUCGUGUAAUUUUUAAUAUGACUACAAUAACUGUAGCAAAUGAACAAGAUAUAAUCAAGAAGUUAUCUUCUUACAUAGAAAAAAUUUCUAACGACGCUAUUCACAAUCGCGGAAAAUUUUAUAUCGGUUUAUCAGGUGGAUCCGUGGUUAAGUAUUUAUGCGAAGGACUACCUAAAGUUGAUACAGACUGGUCUAAAUGGGUGCUAGCAUUCUGUGAUGAAAGAAUUGUGCCAGAAGAUAGUGAGGAUUCUACAUUUGGCGUAUAUAGCAGACAACUAAUACCAAAGACAUUGCUGGAUAAAAAACAAUUCAUUACUAUUAAACAAGGAGUUAGUGCUAAAGAAGCCGCAAAGGAUUAUACUGAAAAGUUAACAGAUGCAUUUGGAGGGGAUGAAUUUAAAUUUGAUCUUCUACUACUUGGCAUGGGCCCAGAUGGUCACACAUGUUCAUUAUUCCCUAACCAUCCGUUAUUGGAAGAAAGUAAUCUGAAAGUUGCUGCAAUAACAGAUUCUCCAAAACCUCCUCCUGAAAGGAUUACUUUAACUUACCCAAUCAUAAAUAAUGCUAGAAAUUGCAUAUUUGCUGCUAGUGGAUCUGGAAAAGCGGAAAUGAUCAAGAAAAUUCUUAAAGAUAAAGAUGACUUACCUGCUGCAAGAGUAAAACCAAUCCAUGGUUCUGUAUACUGGAUAGUUGACGCUGCAGCCGCAAAAUAUUUAUAACUAUGAAAGAUUUAUAAUUUUUUUAAAUUUUGGAAUUACAAUAUUAAAAUUUGAAAUCAAAAUAUGUAGAAAAUGGACCUAUAUUCUCAAGUCUGAAUAUGACCUGAUAGGACUUUAAUUAAGGGAACUUUUUGUUAACUGAAGGGACCAACUAGUAUAUAUUCAUAGGGACAUUUUGCAUUGAAUUUAUAAAUAACAUGUAUGGAUAAUAGCAUAAUUUUUUUACAUUACUUUAAUAUAAAUCUAAAUAUGUGAUAAUUGUGAUGUAUCGGGCUAAGUAUAACUACGGAAAUGUUUUAAGCACAAUAAUGUUAAGGGAUAUAUUUUUUAUUAAAUUUGUUGCAUUAA